AUGAUGCCUCCAGAGUAUCAGGGCAACGGACCACCAGGACCUCAACCUGAUGGCCCCGGAGGCAUGCUAUCUGCAGGUGGUGCUGGCCCUGGUGGAUCCGGAGUGCCUCCAGGGGGCAGCAAUCAAGGCCCACCUCCGCCCCCGCCUCAAUAUUUGCCUCAAGGCCAACAGCCGGGUGGAAACGGUGCCGGGCCUGUUCAAUUUCCGGUGGGAUCUUUAUUCCGUCCGACUCAAUCUACCUUUUUUUAUUUUUUGCAAACAUAUUUUCCAGCCACUUUUAUGGCUAUAUUGUCUUAA